GAAGCCUUACUAAUUAGUGAUUACGCUGUAGUAUCAAAGAGAGGCAGUCGGGAGAAAUCUGAUAUUCCAGACAAUUUUGUUUUCUCCUGAAUUCCAGUGCAGCAUUUUCUUUUUUUUGUGAGAAUGCUGGUGAAUGUGUUGUACAGGAUUUCCUAUCUAUAAAUCAAAGGAGUUUAUGGGAAUGGCAGGUGAAAAGCUCACUACAGCUGUGCUUAAUUUGGAGGAAGUAAUUGGGGGGUUACAGUGAUAUGUCGGAGGAUCACUUAUACCUGAGCCCCGAGGAUUUAGAGGAGGGGGACUUGGUGAUAGGGGAGGAUUCAUCAUCCAGUCAUGACUCCUCCAGCCAGACAAGUGAUGAUGGCGAGGACUUAAAUGAUGAUGUUAAUGAGGAGGAUGCAGAAGAUGAUAGCGAUGAAGAAGAAGACAUUUCACCAAAUGACAUAGGUCCACAUAAAUCCUUUAACAUACCAAUCACAGGCAGUCCACAGAAUGGGCAUCAAACAAACAAACAGAGCAGUUCAGAUGUUCUUAGUAAGCUACAGGAACUCUACACUGAAAGAUCUGCUAUAUUAACCUACAUUGAGGAGGAAGAUAGGCAGAGAAAAUGGUACAUCUCCCAGUUAGACAAUGUACGACAGAGGCUGGAGAAGGUCCCCCUCACAGAUGGGUACCCCAAAGACAAAGAGUUGAUGCGACGUAAAAUAGAAUACGAAGGUAAACAGAUUCAGGAAAUGUUUCUACAGAACCUCGGGACGGCGGAACAAAUCUCCCAGAGACAGGAAUUACGUCUGUCACGAAUCAGCUCAAUAGAAACAGAAAUGUUGGAACUGCAGAAGACAAAGAAACUCAAGGUUGGUGGGGAGAAGGAGGGGAGUGGACUGAUAUACCAGGAGGAGAAUGUGGGGGUCAGUAUAGCCUCUCUGUAUCAUGGGGCGUGGCCACUCAGCACCAACACAAAAGAUGGAUCCCGAGAAGGCUCAAGUCAUGGGUCUGGUCACCAGGAGAUUGCCAGUAUCAUGAGCUUUAACUCUGCCAACACUAGCACUUCACAACCCUCACAGGCACCGCAAUCACCACGGCAACAUGGCCAGCCACUUAUGUCAGGUGCCUUUACAAUGUCACAAGGACACCCCACUGAUGGAAUUCCAACAGGACAGACACCUCAGCAGCUUGGCACCAAGGUGGAAAUGGUGUAUUCAUUGUUGUCUAUGCUGGGAACACAUGACAAAGAUGAUAUGUCAAGAACACUGCUGGCUAUGUCUAGUUCACAGGACAGCUGUAUAGCCAUGAGACAGUCAGGUUGUCUGCCUCUGCUAAUACAGUUGUUACAUGGAAGUGAUAAGGACUCUGGACUGCUGGGUAACACAAGAGGCAGUAAGGCAGCCAGGGAGCGAGCGGCAGCAGCCCUACACAAUAUCGUCCACUCUCAUCCUGAUGACAAGCGAGGCCGGAGAGAGGCACGAGUGCUGAGGUUUCUGGAACAAAUCAGGGCUCACUGUGAUCAGCUGAGAGAGAUACAGAAUGAUGGACAAGAGAUGUCAGAGGACAUGGACCAUCAGCCAGGCCCCGCUGUAGCAGCCCUGAUGAAGCUGUCAUUUGAUGAAGAACACCGACAUGCCAUCUGUAGUCUAGGUGGAGUGCAAGCAAUAGCUGAGUUGUUAGAGGUGGAUCAUGGAGUUCACCACACGGAGGUGGAGCUGUAUAACAUCACAAUGAGGCGGUAUGGCUGUAUGGCCCUCACUAACCUCACGUUUGGGGAUGGUACAAACAAGGCCCUGCUGUGUUCUAUGAGGAGUUUCAUGGAGGCUUUGGUGGCUCAAUUACACUGUGAAUGUGAGGAUCUCAACCAGGUGGCUGCCAGUGUUCUUCGUAACUUGUCCUGGAAAGCUGACCUUCAGAGUAAGAAAACACUGCGAGCUGUGGGAGCUGCCACCAAACUUAUGGGAGCUGCCAUGAGAGUAAAGAAAGAGGCCACCCUUAAAAGUAUUCUUAGUGCUUUAUGGAACUUGUCAGCUCAUGGAAGUGAAAACAAAGCAGAGAUAUGUGCUGUAGAAGGUGCUCUAGAAUUCCUUGUUGGUACUCUCACCUAUAAAAGUCCUUCAAAGACUACAGCAGUAAUUGAAAAUGGAGGCGGUGUUUUACGCAAUAUCUCUAGUCAUAUCACAGUGCGUGAAGACUACCGCCAAAUUCUACGCAAACAUGGCUGUUUACAAAUUCUUCUAAAACAACUACGCUCACCAAGUCUGAACAUUGUUAGUAAUGCUUGUGGCACUUUGUGGAACUUAUCAGCAAGGUGUGCUGAGGAUCAAAAAGCCCUACUGGAUAUGGGAGCAGUGGGAAUGUUAAGAAAUCUCGUAAACUCAAAGCAUCAGAUGAUUUCUAUGGGAAGUUCUGCAGCUUUAAAGAACCUUCUGACGGCGUGUAACAUCAAAACUAUGGGAAUGGACAAAAAAGCUUUUUCGAACCGACCGUCCUUACAUGUGCGUAAACAGAAAGCUCUUGCAGAGGAAAUAGAUCAGAGUUUGUCAGAAACAUGUGAAAAUGUUGAAAGUCCUCGAGACAGUCCAACAGAAAAUGGUCGAUCAGACAAGGAUCAAAGUCGUUUCCAUUUCCCCGCUAACUCUGGUGUUGUUUGUAAUGAUGGAGAGACUCCUAGAACACAGAACAGAGGUCACAGCUUCCCAAAGAGUCUGAGUGGGGAGAACACACCUAUGUCUGACAGUCACCUCAUGUCUCCUCAUCGUGUGGCUCGCUCUGGGAGCCAGGACAGUGUAGGAAGCACUCACUCUGAUAUUUCUCAUGACAGGACACGAUUCCACAUGGCAAUGAAGAAAGCUAAGAGUAUGACUGGCAGGCAAGGUGGAAGUCUGGACAGACAGCAGGGUAGCAUGAUCCCAAGGGUCCAUUCUGAUGGCAGCUGUGAGGAGACGCCACAACCAAGUAGCAGGAUCAUUCAAGUCAUGAAGGAAGUAGCAAAGCAUGCUGGAAUUGAUUCAGACUCUAGUUCCAAGGGCAGUUCUCAUUCACAGUCUAACACACCUAGAAAAAUGGAUCCUUCUUAUUCAUUCUCUCAGUCUCUAUUAGUUAGAAGUUACACUGGCCCCAGUUUAAGCCAAGGGCAUGGAGCUUCAUUUGUUGGUCAAUUUGGGAAACUCUCUUACUCCAGCAGCAUGGAUAGUGACCAACCCAUUGACUAUAGUUUGAAUAAAGCAAUCAAAUCACCAAUACCUCUUAAGUAUGGCAAUUAUGUAGGGCAGUCAUAUGAACAACACAUGAAUCCAGUCAACAUGCAUCACUCUUAUAAUGGACCACAGAAGUCAGCUCAAAAUUUAUUUAACCUCACUCCGAUUGUUCAACACAGCUCUGUGUAUGCAGAAACAGACCUGGACUGUGAACAGCCAACAGACUAUAGUCGUAGGUUUGCUGAGAGCCAUGAGGAUAGUGAUGGAGAUCAGCCCUAUGACUUGCGAUAUGAGGACAAUUGUGCUGAUUGUAAGCUGGACAUAGCAAGGAGAACUAAUGACAGGUUGGAAUUCCUUCCUGGUUACAAUGAUGACCAAAUAAAAACAUUCUGCACAGAGGGAACACCUCGUAAUUAUCUUUCUACAGCGAAUUCACUGACAGACCUCAGUAAAGGGGAGAAAGAGGACACGCAAAAGGAACACACAGACGAAGAAGAGGAGGAGGACUAUCAGUAUGAGGAGGAGUCAGGGUCCAUAGAAAAGAGAAGUGGAAGUGGGAGCCAAAGCACCAAUCAAAAUACAGGCACCACUGUCAUAGCUAGCUACCAUGUCGCUACUAAAAACCUCCAACAGGUGGCCUGCAGUAAGUCACCCAGUCAAGAUGAAAGCAUCAGUCGGUCAUUUCAUGCCCCAAAUGAAAAUGACAAUUCACCAGACCAAGUCAAGACAUACUGUGAAGAAGGCACCCCUAUCUGUUUUUCCAGAGUAAGUUCUCUAAGUAGCCUUCACAGCAGUGAAGCACAGGACAGACAAGUGGAAUCUAACAGAUCAAAUUUAAGAAAUUCAAGAGGAUUACACAGUAUAGAUGAAAAUGACAGUGCCAAAACUCCUCCUAGAGAUGUAAAAAUGGUGAGUUCUAUUAUGGCCCCUCCAAAAUACACACAAAACUCAGGACGCCAAAAACUUAUGAGUGAAUCUGAUUCACAGGGACCAGAUAGUGCUGAAAAAGAGCAUAAGACGGUUACAUUUAAUGAUGACCACCAGAUUCAAGAAACACCACUCAUGUUCUCACGCUGCAGUUCCCUUGGAUCUUUGAGCAGUUUCGAUGCAUACUCUGUGCACAGUUCUGUGAUUAGUGACUAUAGUCGCAGAGCAAGUGAAGUUGUUUCUCCUAGUGAACUACCAGAUUCACCCAGUGAAACAAUGCCACCCAGUCCAUCAAAGAGCCCAGACCCUGAGCUGCAACAAAACACAAACAAUUCUCAGAAAUUUGAGAGCUUUAUUGAGGGAACACCAAAAACUGUGCUUUAUCGUCCUGUGCCAACUAAAGUAUCUAAUGAAAACAAACUGGCAAACAUAGAAAUAGCUUCAACCAUAAGUCGUGAUGAGGCCCCAGUUGUUUAUGCAGAUGAAGGGACUCCCCCACACAUGUCAGAAACUAACAGUGUCUUAAGCACACUAACUAUAGAUGAUGCAAACAAAGCAAAAGCAACAGAUAAAACUAAAUUGGAGAAAACUGCAGUAAAUGGCAACCUUAAGUCUGAGGAAGAAGCAGAUGACAAAGAAAACUCGCAGUCAGAGGUGUCUGUGUAUGAAGAGGAUAUACUGAAGGAGUGUAUUCGUACAGCUAUGCCACGCAAACCAAGGCGCAGUUCAUCAGACAACACCCUGAAGAAGAAGACAGUCAACAAUGCUGACAAUCAGAACAAGCUGUCUCAGUCAGUGGAGGGAAUCAAGCUAGCACCUAAAGCAAAGAUAGGCUCUGGUCUCCACUCCUCUGUCAAUGAGGCUAUGGAAAGUGAGUCAGACUGUGUCCGUACCUAUGCCUCUGAAGAUUUCCCUUCUAACAUUCAGAUACAGAUACAAAGAGGGGUUGCUAAUAAAGUCCCCAAGUCAUUGUUAAAUGAAAAGGGUGUCAAUGAAUAUAGUGGAGACAGUGUUAAAGCUUUUGCUGAAGAGGAUGUUCCAUUCAGUGAGAAAAUGAAGACAUCUAUCAAAACACCUGUCAAACCUGAGCCACUCAAAAAUGGUUCCUGCCAAUUGAUCACAAUGGAAGAAAAUCUAGACAGUGUCACUUCCUAUGCAAGUGAAGGCCAACCAUCAUCUAAACCCGUUCAAACAGCAAAACAUUAUAAAAAAGUCAAAGAAAUUCUGAAUGGUAACUUGGAUGUAUUGGAGUCGCAUGAUGAUGAUGUUAAGCUUUAUGCAGAUGAAGACACACCAUUUCAAGGGUCAGCAGCCAUGUCUGUUCACCAUAGUCAAAAUAAACCACACAUUCUACAGAACACUGUUAGAUUUAAUCCUGCCUUACUUUCACAAAUGGACUAUCUAUUUGAUGAUGAAGAGGCUCCAAGGUCAUAUGCAAUGGAAGACACUCCAUACAACCUAUCUGAACCCACCUCUCCAAAAAACACAGUAAAGAAGGCACCACCUCCUGUUCCGCAAAAACCAAUCCGACCUAACAAUGUACCAAAGUUUAACCCUUCAUUGUUGUCACAGAUACAAGACGUUCCUGAUGACGAUGCUCCAAAAUCAUAUGCAGUGGAGGACACACCGUAUAAUAUGUCAAAGCCUACUUCUCCCACCCCCAAAGUGCAGAUAAACAGCCUACCAAGCACAGAGUCAGCCCAACCAGUGUGCCUUGUCAAACCUAUGGUACAUGUAGAAGACCCUGCUACAUAUUGUGAGGAUACAAUAAAAACUUAUGCAACAGAGGACACCCCAAUCAACUUCUCCCAUUCAACUUCUCUCAGUGAUUUAAGUAUCAUAACAGGCAUGUCAGAACCAAUCAAAGAGGAGGAGCCAGACACAGGGAAAUCAGAUGCUCAAGAAGUAUUUAAAGCUAAGGAACCAGAGAAAGAGGAGGAGGAGGAAGAUAAGUCAGCUGAUUUGAAUGAUUCCAAGUCUGACUCCUCCUAUAGUGAUGGAAGUGAAGAUCUUUUGUCUGACCUCAUCCAGUCUGCAAUGCCAAAAGGGAGUACUUCACCAAAAGCCAGGGUCUCCAGAAAACUGGACAUGGAUAGAGCAGCUGAAGGAGCCGAGUCAAAAUUCCAACCUCAGCGCACCUCCAGUGUAGUGACAGCACCAAAAGAAACAAAAUAUACUUCACAAAGUAAAAAAGAAAAGACAUCAAGUGAUAUCAGUAGUACUUCUGAGAUGCCAUCAAGGAUACAGUCUGUAAACACAAGUGAGAUAAAAGUUUCCUAUAAAACACUCAGUCAUAAUACAGAAGGUGGAGAUGACUCUGUGUUUUAUCAUACAACAGAUUCAUUGGACUCUGUAAAGGUGUAUGAUGUGGAAGGAACUCCCAUAACAUUUUCUAGAAAUGACUCCCUGAGCUCCUUGAGUAUCAUUGAUGGUGAUGUGAAGCAAACGAGUAAAACAGAACUAUCUGAUUCUGCAAAGAAAAUGCCUCCACCAGCAUACAAUCUGAAAACGGAAAAGUCUGAGAUAGGUCUCCAGAGAGAAGUGGAAGGACAGUCAAGUGAUGAAGUUUCUACAGCCUCUGCUCAAAAAUCUGACGAAAAAUCAUUAUCCAAUGAUAAUAAGUCAAACUCAGAUGAUGAUGAUGAUGACGCUGAUGAUGAGGCGCUGCUAGCAGCUUGCAUGAAUUUAGCAUUACCAAAGAGUAAAUCUUCAACAUUUGCAGAAAAAUCGAAAUCUUCAUCCAAACCACUGAAAUCAAACCAAGUGCUUACUGGUUCUAAAAGCUUUAAUUCCUCAUUUUCUUCAGAAAGACCAAAAAAAUCAACAACAUCAAAGAAGACAAGUGAAAAUCAUAAACAGAGAAUGAACAAAAGUACGUCAGCUGUGGAAGGCCAUUUGAACCUGAGUAUUGGAAGUGUUAUGUCGCACCACUCCCGGGCAGCAGACUGGCAGGUGCAACAGACCCUCAAUAUGUCGGAUGAUUUCAACUUUGCUAAACCAUCUCCAAACUACAGAAGAGUUCGUCCUCAUCAGGGAUCAUGGAGAAGAUCCAGAUCACAGGACAGUGAUGGAUUCUUGAAGCAGCAAAAAGAAAAUACCAACAUGGAGCUGGCUUAUAGUAAUGGAGGCCCAAGAAUUCACCAUAGAGUGUCAGCUCAAUCUAUCCCAAGCUAUGUUGAUGUAUGUGUUGACAACAGAUUCAUUGAAGAGCAUCAUACUUACACUCAACACAAGUAUCAUUUAGAAAACCAGCAAGGGGUGCAGAGUUUUACAAACCAAAAUGUUGAAAGAGCUGAUCAGGGACAGUCAAGGCAUUACACAAAUACAGAAACCCAUAAGCGAAGUCAUAGUGAAAGUCGAGAAAAAUCAGGUAGACAACAGCAUAAUCAAGCCAUCUAUGAUUUACAAGUCAAAAGAAGACACCAUAGUGAACAAAACAGAACUGAAAAAUUCUCAGUGGUAAAUGUACAUGUACCUGCACCCCAGGAGGAAAUUGACAGCUUGAACAGAUCAAUUUACCAAAUGGAACACAACAAUGAAGCAUUGACCUAUGGUAUAGGGAUAGAUAACUUUGGAUUUGGUAUUGGAGGCAGUCAGGAGGAAGUAUGUGAAGAAGACAGACUUGACAGUGCUGAUGUCACACUAAAAGCAGCAAGUGGAAAUAACACCAUGACAAAUGACUCCAUCAAUCAGAAUGACUCUAUAAUCCAUUAUGAUAAAAACACCUUAUCUCCAGAAGAUGAACGAGCAUUACAUCUAGAUGCUAGUGCUGUUGUGACAGAGAUACAGAAUAAAAGAAUGCUUGGUAGUGGAGUGGAUGAAGACUUGUUUAUUGAACAUGAGACACUUUCACUGGUGUCUGGAGGUUACAUGUCAGACACUCCCUCUGAUGCAUCAAUUACUUGGUCGGCUCACUCUGAAAAUUACUCUGAAUCUACCCUAGAGGAAAACUCUGUAGCAUCCAGUGGACCUAGAGUAGUUAAGCCAGACAACAGAGGCACAACAAUUCCAGACAACAGUAAGGCCAUUAGAGGAAAGAGGAAGCCCUUGUAUAGUCGCUCAAAUUCUACAACUUCCCAGAAGUCUGAUACAGCAAACAGGGUGGUUAAACCAACUACAGCUAGUACAAGAAUAUCACCUGGAGGUAGAGGUGGUUCUGUCACUGCUGGAGCCAUUAGAAGGACCCCACAAACUAGGACUCAUCCCCAGGCAAGCAGCACCCCAACCAAAAAUUCCCCACCUAAACCAAAAAUACAAAAGUCCUCUCCACCACAGGGCAAGACAACAGUUAGAGCCAAUAAUACCAAAGAGAGUCCAUCUCGACUCCCUCUUGCUUCAAACAGAAAAAGUUCAGCAGAGAGACCCAAACCUCCCAUCAAACAGGGCACAUUUACAAAGGAAGCUUCAGCAGUGAAAGUACCAGUCAUAGAUGAUUCAGUGAAUGAAAACUGUUAUGAUGCAAGUAUUGAAGCAGUUAAAAAUGAAACAAACAAGCAAGGCAACACCCCUGGAAUGAAUAGCAUUGAAGGUACUGAAUCAUGGAAAAAAGCAUUAGGUUCCUAUAAUUUUGUCAUUGACAAUGCUGCUGAUGAAAAGAAAGAAAAUCUGACACCCAACAAAAAGGUAUCAGGUGUCACAAACUUAAAUUCUAAGAAAUCUGGUAGUGGGAGUAAUCUAUCUGCAUCUAAGUCAAAAACAGGUGGCUCUCCUGCAAACAAAGGCACAGUGAAGACAGCUAAUAGGGUGAACAGUACAAGCAAUCUCAAGAAGGCAUACAGUGGAACUUCACUGACCAAAUAUGGAAGUGGUGCUUCAUUGAACAAGUCAGGCAGUGGCAGCACUCUCAACAAGUCUGGAAGUGGUCAACUACUGAACAAGUCAGGAAGUGCCUUGCAUAAGCUUACAGGAAGUGAUCGUGGAUUAAACAGGGGUGGAUCUAAUCCGAAUUUGGGACGUUUAAACAGCAGUAAACCUGACUUGAAAAAAUCAGAUAGUAAUGCCAGUCUUCGCAAUAAUUCACGACCCUCUACACCUGUGGGAAGAAGAACUUCAGCUGGCUCUGUACAGGGUAGAAAGUCAGAGAGUAACACAAGCAAAGGUGUGACUCCAUCAGAGAAGAAAACAGGUCCACCUAAAAAACAGGUAGGGAGUAAGAUUGCUGGACUGUGGAAAAAGGAUGAUUCCACUGACACCUCAUCACCUCACACAUCUACAUCAAAACUGCCAGUGUCAACCACUCCCUCUAGGCAGAGAAACGUAUCAACAUCUGGGAUAAAGAAGUCUUCCAAUGCUUCUCUGCAGUCGUUAAACAAAUCUAUGAAUUCUGCUGAAACUCUUAAUGAAGGAAUAAGCAGGAGUUCUACUUAUGACAAAAUCAACUCAACUAUGGAUUCCAGCCAGUUGCCAUCUCUAGAUAAAGAAGAUGAUGCAGAGAAUGUGACAAUAGAACUAACUAAGUCAAGUGUUGUCCUUGGUGAUGAAAUCAAAGGUGAUUAUGUAGAAUUGAGAAUCAUUCAGGGUUCUGAGUCAGACUUUGACAUGAACAAAAGUAUUGUGAUAAAAAGUCCCAACAAAAGUAAAAGUGACUCAGAUUCUGUAACAAGUCCAUCAGCGGCUUCUGUGAAGAGCCAGUCAUCAGAGGAGUUUGAUUUGAAAUCUUUAGAGAAAAGAAUUGAUUCCAGCACCUGGAAGAAGAAAAAAUCUGACUUAGCUUUAGUGAACCUACCAAAUGCAGAUGAAACCAGUAAAUCUUUAGAAGCUGUCAAGGCCUUGUUAGAUGCCUCUUUGGCAAGUGAAUCCUCCAACAUGACUCUCUCAUCUUCAUUCUAUAACACGUCCAACAUACAGGGAAGCUACCUCAGCCAAGGAAGUCGCACAGUAAAUGGAACAGCCUGGCGCCGCUAUAAGCAGGAGUCCUUUGCCAGUGUAGAUCACAGUGAAGAUGAGGGCGACAGCAUCUGGGUCAGACGAGAUCCAGAGUCAUCAAAGUCUGAACCAGAGCUCAAUAAGCACUCACUCAAUGCAAAAAUAGAUAAGAAAGAGAAAGCAGAUGGCAAGAGUUUUCUGCCAAUCAAAGCCAUGAAAAAUGUGUUCAGCUCAUCAAAAAAAGAUAAAUCAUCAAAAUCUGGAUCAAAACUAUCAUUGAGUUCCUCCAAGGAAAGCUUACAUAGUAAUAAGAUAAACAUGAAUGAAAUUGUAAAAGCUGUAGAAAAAGAACGAGAAAAAGACAAAGAAAGAGAGAAAAAAGAAAAGGCCAAACAGAAAGAGAAAAUUGCUUUGGAAAAAGCCAAAGCAAAGGAAGCUGCUAAACUUGAAAAAGAGAAGGCAAAGAAUGAAAAGGAAAAGGCCAAGAUGGAAAAAGAAAAGGCAAAGAUGGAAAAAGAAAAGGCAAAGGCAGAAAAGAUGAAAAACAAUAAAAAGAGUGAUUCCAGGAAAAGUUCAGUGGCUGAUGAGAGUUUUAUAUCAAAGGACUGUGACACAUCAAAAUCCCAGGAUGUGUUUAGCUUUGUAAAUCAUAAGGCUAGUCCACCACAAGCUGCUCUGGUACAGCCAUUUAAUUACACUCCAAAAGAAAGUGAAAAACAUGUGAAUGACUCCGUGGUAUCAGAGACAUUAGAUCAAAGCUUCAGCAGACCACCAAACUCAGCUGCCACGACAUCAGGGCCACCACCUGGCACAAACACACACAUGACCAAGACCGAGAUGCUGCUGGCCAGGAGGAGGAUGAACAGUAUUAACAAUACAGAGGGGGAAACAUGUAGGGAAGAGGGAAAGAAGAAGACAGGCUGUAUGGUCACUACUGUGUAAACAAUACAGAGGGGGAAACAUGUAGGGAAGAGGGAAAGAAGACAGGCUGUAUGGUCACUACUGUGUAAACAAUACAGAGGGGGAAAACAUGUAGGGAAGAGGGAAAGAAGAAGACAGGCUGUAUGGUCACUACUGUGUAAACAAUACAGAGGGGGAAACCUGUAGGGAGGAAGGAAAGAAGACAGGCUGUAUGGUCACUACUGUGUAAACAAUACAGAGGGGGAAACCUGUAGGGAGGAAGGAAAGAAGAAGACAGGCUGUAUGGUCACUACUGUGUAAACAAUACAGAGGGGGAAAACAUGUAAGGAAGAGGGAAAGAAGAAGACAGGCUGUAUGAUCACUACUGUGUAAACUAUCACCGUUAACUCCUUACCUACAUGGGAUUACUACUGCUGAUGUAUUAUUGACUUAUUAUACCUAUAUUCUAUCAUCUCUUCAAAAUUUAAGACAGAUUGUUACCCAUAGGUUGUAUAAAGACAAGUGAAGAAUUCCUCUUACUCCUCUAAUCAGUCAGGUCUACUUCAAUACUGCUAAGUUAACACAAUAUCUGAGAUAGAUUUUCAUAUUUUUAACAUUAUAUUAUUCUUAGUUUUUGAUGUUUUAUGAUUUUAAACAGUAUCAAAAUAAGUUUAAACCAUAAUAAGACUAAAAAACAUUAUUAGCACAUGACUGUACUUUGAAAGAGCUUUUUUGUAAAUUAUUUGACAACUGUUAUCUCAGUAGUGAAUUUCAUUUUAUAAUGAUUGUUACCAGGGCUUUUGGUUCAGUACUGAGAUUGAGGAUAGCAGAAGUCUUGAACAAAUUCCCUGUGAGUGCAAUACUGUUAGGACUUUAAAAGUGGCAGCUUUUUGUGUUAACAAUACUUAAACAAUGCAGAGUCAGUUGUGAUAUUUCAUGCUCUGAUAGAUUUUUUUCUUCAAUCAAAUGUAGAUUACAGAAGCAAUUGUGUUUUAUGUAUAACUGGGUUUUUUUUAUUGCAUCUACAUGGUAUAAUGCAUGUGUAAACAGAUGAGCAUUUGUGUGUCCCUUAAUUUUGGAAAGGGGACUGGGGGCAUUUUUUUUUUUAGGUUCUCCUCACAGAAGUCAGGAUGCUGAUAAUGAUGUACAUUCAUUAGGGAAAUUUAAACAGGAAAUUGUUUGUUGAUUCAACUUUUUUGUAUUUAAUAUUUAAUGUGUUUAUUUACCUGUUCCACAUUUUUGUGUAGAUCGAUGUACAUAUCAUUUACUGACUCAUAAUCUCUAAAAUGAGGUUUUGAUUUUGCUUAAUACUGUUUUUGAUGCAUUUUUCGUAUAAGGUGCUAUUUAUUUUAAACUACAGCUUUUUGUAAAUUGCUAUACAUACGUGUUUUAUUGCUAUCAAGCAUCAGUAUUUUUGGCAUAUUGUGGAAUCCCCCCCCCCCCCCCAAACUAGAAGUCGGUAAACACAAUUUCUAUGAAAUAAUCAGACUGUUUAAAUUAUCAGUAUUAAACCUACCUUUUUGGAAUUGAGUACAUAGAUGAUUGUUUACACAUUUCAAGCUUUACUCAUGUAUAACAGUAGUAAUGAAGAUUUGUCAUUAUGUGUCUGGAGAAAAUUAAUCUCAGUUUUUCAUUUUGUAACAUUCCUCAUUAUACAUGUUAUAGUUUUUACUAUUGUCCUUGGUGCAGAUUACAAGAUAAACUAAUUGUGAUGUUUUAUGAUGCCUGCAUCGUAGAUCUGUAUGUGUGUCUGAGAAGUUCUCAUGUGUACAUAACUCGUUGUGGUUCUUUGACAAUUUGCACUUAUUAAAGAAAUAAAUGGAAAUAUUACAGAA